UUUCAACUCUGAUUUUCUUUUUUGCGGAGAAGUAAUCUAUAAACCAAUCAUAAUUGUCGUUUUCACGUGAUCAAAGCAUAAAAAUUAAAAAUGGCGGACGAAGCAUGUUGUGAUGAUGUGUGGGAGCAGAAUUAUACCGCAAAUAAUUACAUGCUCAUUGAAAAUUUGAUGAGUUAUAUUCGUGAAAUAUAAAAACGUUCCUGCUAACUUCACGCAGCAUAUGAUCUCGAAAAAGCAAUUCAGUGAGUAAAAAUACUUGAUUUACGACAUACUGUAUACCUGUACUAACGCGCUCCACCUGAUUGUGUGACACAGUUUACGGCUCCUAUUCAACGCCGGGUCACACCUUGACUUGUGGCUUACCCCGGCGUUUCUAUAAUAAUAGCCGUAUUCUGUUUAAAAUGGUUGCGCGCAGCUUUUUUCAGAAAGUUAUCGCAAAACCCAUUUUUUACGGACCUUCGUUAUUCGGUUGCACUCAGUUAAAUUUCAGAGUCAUGUCAGUACCCGAACAAAUCUGAAACAUGCUGCACAAUCCAUUUUAGAUUGAUAAUGUCAUUGAUAGUUCCGUAUGAAACAUUGAUUAUAAGGGACGUAAAAACCUUGUGCAUAUAACUCGCGGUUGCGACUUAUAUAUAACGGUCAAAUGUCAUAAUUCACAAGUUGCGGCCGCAUGUUAUAAUUUGCAGCUGCUUAUUAUAAGUCGCGGCCGGGAGUUAUAUAUCUCAUAAGUCGCGGACGUGAGUUAUACGUCGCAGCAACGUCUUCAUGCUAUACAAUUUGCUGACCCACUACGUGACAUACACAUUCCACAGACCAGAUACACGCUUGUAUUUGUAAUACGCAGUCGCUAGUUGUAAGUUUCGACCGUUAGUUAUAAGUCGCAGCCGCGAGUUGUGCCGCGAGUUGUGCCGCGAGUUUUACUGCAAGUUUUGAACUAGAACCCAGUUUUCCCAAAUCAACCAUGGUACAAAUCAGAUUAUAUUGUAUUAAUAGGAUCCGCGGAAACAGCUUUGUAUGACAUGAGGAUCAAAAAUAAGAUAAAGCUAAAAAUUAAUGUUCAUUAUGAAGUAUUAAACAGAGAUAAAGAAUGACAGCUAAAAAAUAUAUGUAAAGUUUGUAAUUAACUAAAUCCAAUCAAACAAUUACUCAAAAAUGAAAUUGUGGUUGAAACACACAUUCUUUAAGAACGUAUCCUCAUUACGAAGGCACAUAUCACGUUAACACACCAAAGUGUAGAUAUGAAUAAUUUGGUUGAUAUAAAAGAAUGGGAGCAGAAACGAAAAACCACCUUCUUUGUAUAUAUGUUAUUAUAUUUUUUCGCUGAAUUUGAGAAAAGUAUAAACACGGCUACGUUGUGGUUUUACUUAACAAAACUCAUGAAGACUAAUCAACCCGUUUUGUAUUAUGGAUUAAUAAGCGCUGCAGUUUAUAUUCUGCCAUUUCUGUUAUCUUCCGUAGUGGCAAGAUUCGCUGACAAAACAAGACGUAUUAAGCUGAUUAUUAUCAUUAUAAAUUUUGUGUCCAUGUUAGGCAGUAUUUUAUACGUUAUUUCAGUGUCUCCGCUCUUUCCUUUCACAGGGAAACUCCUCAAUGGAUGUGUUAUUAUAUUACAACCGUUAAUUAUCGGUGAAACAGCAAGAUCAUACCCAUCUGAAGAAAUACAAAGUAAGUUUGCCUAUCUAAUUGUAUCAGCGACAUUAGGAUUUAUGAUUGGACCUUGUGUCGUACUUCCGUUUGCAGAAAUCGAUUUUUGUUUCGGUCAAUUACGAGUUGGAUAUGGAAAUAUAUCAGGUAUUCUUCUCCUCGUUACUAUCAUCUGUAUACAAUGCUGUGUUGUGUGUUUUGCGCAUGAUUUAUCAAGAGAAUAUGAUAUGAAGGAAGCAGCAUCUACAGAUAAGUCAUCCUCUAUAAUAGGAGAUGUUUCAAAGAGCAAUGGUAUUAAAGUCGUAAAAAAGGCGUUUAAAUCAAAAGUUUUAAUGUUUAUGUUUGCUUUGACAUUUUCCAGUGUCAUUGGUUCCAUCUCAUCUGGCAGAAAUUUCCCCUUUCUUGUGCUGAAUGUAUUAUUGAUGUCGUACAAAUGGAUUUCUGCUGGUCUUAUCUUCCAAGGUAUCGGACUCUUGUUACCUUGUCUUGUAGUCAUUAAAACCAAAACCGGAUCUGUGGUUGUUUUCUGGAUUGGAGUAUUAGGACAGGUUUCCCUGGUCAUAUUAUUGACUUGCCAAUAUAUAUUUGUGUCUGUUCAUCUAUUUUUCAGCAUCAAAGUCGCCAUGUUACUGCUAUACCUUCUUACCACAAUUUUUGUCGAUUUUAGCGAACAAUUGUUUUUAGUUGUUGCAUUUUCCAAGCUGGUGUCAUCGCAACAUCAAAGCUAUUCAGAAAGUAAGAAUUGAUGCAAGAAUUGAUGUAUCCAGUUAUACAGGUCUAAAUGUUUUUCGACAGAUGCUUGUACGACUUCUUUCGUGUCUGUCAGACCUUUGAUAAGUAACAAUCACAUUUGAAAACAAAUUACGACAACAUUUUAGUUACAAUAUUUAUAAAAUAGUGCUUAGGAAAGGGAAAAUUAUUUAAAUGCAAAACAUUUUGUUAAGGGGUUCAACGGGGUUGGAAAAGUAUUAGUUUUUAAUCUAGUAACAUAGCAUUUUUUUAACAAUUUAAGCUCCUAAUAUUGUCUUUGUUUGCUUGUUAAAACAAACUCACGAUUUUACUGAUAUUUAAUAUGUUUGCCAGACUUUUGCUUACUUUACCACCGAAAGAAUAAAACGUUUCUAAUUUCGAAUAUAGCUAUAGAAAAUUUAAUUAAAAAAAAUUAUUUUUAAAGACUGUAAAAUGCUUAUAACAAUUUACUUGAAUCUUUUUGGAGCCCUUGUAAUUACUCUCUAAGCCGAUUUCAAAGCCAUCCCCAUGGCGCCUUUCGGUUGAUAUAAUGUGUUAAUUGAUUUAGAUAUUAUAAAAGGGGUC